UUUGAAUCAGCAGAAGCGGGCAGAAGAAAGUGAGAAUGUUUACAUCCGAUCGACCGCGACACGGGAGUCUGUACUGAGCUGGUGUGUUUCGGUUCGUGUCUACUAGGUUUACUAGUGGGAUAGUGAGUCAGUUCGAGUGUUUCAAGUGACUACAGGAGUCGAUGGGGAAGAAGGAGUUUUCUUUGAUUUCCUAUUUGUGAACAAUCCAGCAUAGGAAGUGAACGAUUCUUUGAAGGUUAAUUAUGAAUUCAAUGUCAGUUGAUGUGAUACUAGCGCGGAAAUAUUUUCGGGUGUUCCGAGCGACGAGCGUGUGGUGGUUUCGCGUGUGUUCAGUUGCUCGUUUUAGCAAGACGGCGUGCGCGGUAGUGUUCUAAGCCGCUAUUGCCGCCGUCGCCGGUGUUGAUGUGUUUAGAAUCAGCCCGUCGAUGUGUGGUGCUAUUCGCUGUAGCGUGAACUUGUGAUAAAAAGCAACCUUGAUGGUCGUGUUGGUGGCCAUGGAUCCCCAAUCUGCCCUGUGCUAGUGAGUGUGCGUCUCUUUCGGUUGUGCAGUGAGAGUGAAGGAAAAAAGGCACAAUUAAGAACGAGUGUAAGUGGCCUAAAGACCUAUAUUCGAGUGAAGUUUUGAUUAUUCCCGAAAUUUUAGUGUAAAUAAGUCCGGAUUUGGCGCGGGAUGAUAGCGAAAGUGGCGUAGAGCGAGCGAAGUCCAGUGCCCGAUGGCGUAUAAGCUGGUCAAAGUGACGACAGGCGUGUCGAAUUUCGAUGUUCUGGAAUAAGUAGUUUUUUUCCGCAAAUUUUUUGCAGGUUUCGAAUUAGAAGAAAUACAAACACAAUUUUGUCAGAGCAACCUUUCGAAGGUGUAGAGAAACCGGGCGCGUGUGUAAGUGCGCGUAUUAGCGAAGAAUACCAUAAGUAAGAAUGAAAAUCGCGAUAUUUGCGAAUUUAUAGAAUCGAUGCAGUAGUGUGUGUUGUUCGUGAAAUUUGCUUCCUGCUACGCCGCAGCCUCUGGAUGAGAACAUCUCGCCAUCCGGAAACUGUGCUGAAGUUUCCAUCCCAUUGAAUGCACUUUUUUGGUGUUUGGUGUGACCAUGGUUUUGCCGAUGGAGGCACCACCUCCGGCACUGCUGCUGCUGCUGCUGCAAUUACGACUGUGUUAGUGUGCAUAUGCAACGACGAUGGGAAGAAAGCGUUACAGCCGUGAACCAGCUGCCAAGUGACAUCUAGCUGCAGAGCACCCACCCUCCGCCCAAAACCCGGAACACAGGCAGCCAACCACCCCUCCCUGCCCACCCCUCUAUUUCCGAUCGUGUUACUGCUGGAGCUAUAUUGCAAAUUGCACUGUUGCUGGACGCCCGAGCUAUUUUCGGUCCAUGUGCUGCUCCAUUGCACUUGUGCUCUUUCUUCGACCUUGAACUAUAUACUUGCACUCCGUAUUUCGUCCCGUGCUGCUGCGUGCAUCUCUUCCUGUUGCAUCCAGGGACGGCUAGAACCGGCGCGUUUGGAGCUCAAGAGCGCAUAUUUCGGGAACGACCUGCAUACGAAUGCUGCCGUUAGUGUGUGUGCUUGUGUAAAAACCAGUGUCCCCGUAAUAAUCUGGAUGGUCUGGAAAGGAGUAACCACUGGCAUUGGCCAGUUUGUGAAUCUCAUUGUCAUUCAGUCAAGUGUUACCUGAAGAAGCUGGGCUAGGAAAAAGUGUCUCGCGUACUCGAAUCGUUAGUACAAAGUUCUAAAGUGUUCAACCCGAAAACCGUAGAGAAUACCCCAAUCUCCCGCGUACGUAUACUGUAGAGGUGUAGCAAGCAAAGGUGAAAAAUCGAAAAGUCCCAGUAGAUAUUUUAUAUCUGAAACUUAAGUGUUGUGUAAAUUUGUAAGCAAGUGAAGAAAAAUGCACGAAGAAGCCACCUCGACGGCCAGUUCUUCAUCGACAUCCAAGCCUACCAACAUAGUCUAUGCCAGUAUCAAUGGCGGGGGUGGCGGUGGCGGUGGUGGUGUCGUUGGCGGGGGUGGAAGCCAUUUCAAUGGAAAUUUACUGAUAACGGCAUCCCCGAUUGAUGACUCUUCCUCAUCAUUGUAUGAGUUGGUCCAGCAGCAGCAACACCAUCAAUCAACAAUGCAUCACCAACAGCAACACCAUCAUCAACAGAUCUUGACAACUUCUCAGCCAAUUCAUACAACUAAGAUAAUCAUCACCAACAGUUCCCUAAUCAGUACCACAACUAGUCCAAUCGGGGUUCGGUCCCUUCAGCAUCACACCAUGCAUCAACAGCAACAGCAGCAGCAGCAACACAUUCCGGUAAACUCCUCUACGAAUGUGAUCGUAACUUCCGGAACUCCUACAUCCUCGACUAGCGCCGCCAGCAGCAGCAGUUGCGCUGGUUCCUCAUCCGGAAUUACAACAAUAGUGAUCAAUACCGACGAAUCGCCGUUCGAUUCUGACACCAGUCUGCAACUUUCGGCAGCCCUAGAAGCUGAGGCCGGAACAUCCGGUCUGCUGUCGGCAGAUACCGGCUGCAAUUCGGCUGUGGCAGCGGUCGCAGCCGCAGCCGCCCUUAUCGAUCUGCACCCAUCGUCAUCGUCCAGUACGACUGCUUCGCCACCCACCGGAGGCAGCCUGGUGGUGAGCGCUGCUGGUGCUGAUGGUGGAGUUGGUGGGGUGCAUCUUCAGGAACUGGGUACUGCAGCGACCCAGAGUGGAUCUUCCUCUACGGAUGACAACGUUGCAACGCUGCACGAACCGAUCGAGAUCAAAAUUCCAUCGGAGGGGUCCUACACGCAGGGAUCCGAUGGUGGCUACCACGAGAACAUCUCCCAGACGCAGUCAAACUAUCUAGCGAUCCCCCCGUCAGAACUGUGCCCGGUGUGCGGUGACAAAGUCUCAGGCUACCACUACGGACUGCUGACGUGCGAGUCGUGCAAGGGCUUCUUCAAGCGUACCGUCCAGAACAAGAAGGUGUACACGUGCGUCGCCGAGCGGCAGUGUCACAUCGACAAGACCCAGCGCAAACGCUGCCCCUACUGUCGCUUCCAGAAGUGUCUCGAGGUCGGCAUGAAACUAGAAGCCGUACGAGCCGAUCGGAUGCGUGGUGGACGGAACAAGUUCGGCCCCAUGUACAAACGGGAUCGGGCGCGAAAGCUUCAAAUCAUGCGACAACGACAGUUGGCACUGCAGGCACUGCGGGGGUCCAUAGGCGGCGGCGUCGGCAUCGGUCAGCUUGGUUCGGACGGUGCGUCAUCGCAGCUGCUGGCCAUCGACUACCACCAGCCGUACUCCAACAUGCACAUCAAGCAGGAAAUCCAAAUACCGCAGGUGUCCUCGUUGACGUCCUCACCCGACAGCCCACCUAGUCCGGUCGCCAUAGCGUUAGGCCAAGUGAACCCGCAGACGACGAUAUCGCUGAGUAGUGGCGUAGGCGGAAACGGUGGCAGUGGAGGAGGGGGAGGCAGCAACAAUAGUUCCGGUGCGGGCACCGGAGGAUCCCAUUCUACGUCCUCGGCAAUCCAGAAUCAACUCUCCGGCUCGAAGCUAUGGAUGAGCGCCAAUUCGACAACCGCCUCGCCACACUCACUGAGUCCCAAAGCGUUCAGUUUCGACAGUGGAACGAAUCCCACCAGUACCGCGGACUCGGGCAAUCCUGCAGAUACGUUAAGGGUAUCGCCGAUGAUUCGAGACUUUGUACAAUCCAUCGAUGACCGGGAGUGGCAAACGUCGCUCUUCUCGCUGCUGCAGAACCAAUCCUACAAUCAGUGUGAGGUGGACCUCUUCGAGCUGAUGUGCAAAGUAUUAGACCAAAAUCUGUUCUCCCAAGUGGACUGGGCGCGGAAUACGAUAUUCUUUAAGGAUUUGAAGGUGGACGACCAAAUGAAGCUACUGCAGAACAGCUGGUCCGACAUGCUGGUGCUGGAUCACAUCCACCAGCGGUUGCACAACGGCCUGCCGGACGAAACUACCCUGCACAAUGGGCAAAAGUUUGAUCUCUUAGGUUUAGGACUGCUGGGUGUGCCCAACCUGGCCGAGCACUUCAACGAGCUGCAGAACAAACUUCAGGAGCUCAAGUUCGACGUGGGUGACUACAUCUGCAUGAAAUUCCUGCUGCUGCUAAAUCCUGAAGUCCGGGGGAUAACCAACCGGAAGACGGUCGUCGAAGGCUAUGAAAAUGUGCAAGCGGCGCUGCUGGACUACACCCUCACCUGCUACCCGUCGGUACCCGACAAGUUUAGUAAGUUGCUCAGUAUUAUACCGGAAAUCCACGCGAUGGCAGCUCGGGGUGAAGAUCACCUGUACAUCAAACACUGUGCCGGAAGUGCACCCUCCCAGACGUUACUGAUGGAGAUGUUGCAUGCAAAGCGGAAAUGAAGUCGUCGUCGCAGGAGAACCAGCAGGAAGAUUGCUUAGUGGGCAAAAUAGUUUGCACCAAUGUCGUUCAAAAACAAAAGAUGAAAAAACAGACCAUCCAAUUGAAUGAUCAACCUUUACUAAGAUUGUGGCAUGGAGAGGAGCAAUACAAUUGUGUUCGAUUUGUUAUUUUUUUGCAAUUUGUCACGAGUGUGGACUUAUAUUUUUCGAGCGGCGGAAAUCUUCUUUGCUUACUUGUUAUUAACUAUUUUUAAUAAUUUAAUUUUUACCGGUCGUCCAUUAUGAGUGAAAGGGUAAAAUAGUCCAAGGGUGUGAGAUAUUCCCAGCCCAACAAACAGAGAGAACAAAAAUCCGUUCCACCACGGUAAUCGGAGCAGCCAGAUGCAUACAGAACCGAGUCGGUAAACCAACCAAUUCACCUUUUAUUAGAUACACCAAUAAACAGGAAAAAAUGACGUUACCAUUUCAACUCAGCGAAUUAAGUUUUAAUUCUCAGUAAUAGUUGUAGUCCAAAAAGUGAACACAGUCAUCCGGUACAAGAAAAAUCCGUAAAAAUAGUCAAUCCAAAUCAAAUUUGCCGAUAAAUCUAAUUCAAUGUUGGAAACAUGAUAUUACAAAGCUAAAUUUCAGACCGCUAAUCCGAGUCAGACAACAUAAACCCGGCUGCGCUACUCGCAGCUUGGGAUAUAAGCAAAAUAGCGAGUGAAGCAAAAAUACACAAGAAAACAAACGCAAAAACAAUGGAUCUAAAACUAAGUGUUCAAUAAGUGUUAAACUGUUAACGAAUUCUCCUUAAGAAAACAAUAACUCUUUUUUUUUUGUAAUAAUCCUAACCUUUUACGUUUCGGAACGUUAGUGCAAUAUAUAUGAAGCAAAGCAACAAUCAUGUCACCUAAUCAUUUUGCACCAGCGCUCAAAGUCUCAUACUUCUUCGCCCGGUCGCGGAAGAGCACGAUCCUGUGGCAUUUCUCAUCGCCCAAUUCACCAAACACCCAAAAAGGUGGUGUCUAUCAGCACUCUACAAAAUAUUCCUCUUUGUCCUACACCAACUCUACGUAAACCGAUGGCACUCAAGAAAUAGUAAUCCACCAAUUACACACAUGAACAAUGCAAGCCAAUAUUAACGAUAAAUCAGCAUUGGUCGAAUAUAGUAAUGGAAAAAAAAAUUCAAAGUUGUUGAACAUGCUUUUACUUGUUGAAGCUACACACAAACAAAAAUAUACACACAGAAACAAAAACCACACCAGAUGAUCCCAAAACUGUACACACUAAAUGUUACCGAUUAAAGUUCAAACGCGACGCACAGAGCAAGCGGCGUUCCAAAACAGUUUUACAGAAAUUAAAACAUUCAAACAAUCAUGGCCGAAACAGGCUGAGAUUUCCACACUUUGCACUCGAACAUCACAAACGCGGUACCGCAUUUAACAUGUUGUACGUAUGGUAUAGUAACAGGAGGGAGUGCUUUUCACCGACAUUACAUACGCGAGCGCACGGGCGGCGCAAAGCGAUUUCCGCGCACAGUGGUUGGUCAGAAUUUCUUCGCGGGUCAAAAAAUAAAGCGACAUUCGACGACGAUGAUGAUUUUAGUUGCGAGAGGUUCGUUUGUUCUUUUUUUUCGUAUACUAAAAAGCUCUAUUCAAUGACUUUAUUUGUCUUUAUCUUUUAUUUUCUCACUUGUUUCAUUUAUUACCACUAAUUCUUUCAUUUUUCCAAAUAUUUCAUUUGGUCAACUUGAACAUUACUAAUUAACUCGCCAAUACUCAGCACUUUUGAAACCUUGUUUUAUGAUCAUCUUAAUACUUGCCCUGCCUUCUAAUAUUUGUCUGAACCCAAGAACGGUUUCGUGGGGUAUAGUCGUGCCCCUACGCUAUCAAGGAAAAACAGAAACUCAUACUUUGAAAGAUUUUUUGUAGAAAGAAUGCAAUAGUUCUUAGUGUAAUGUACAAAAACGAAUGCAUUAGAAUUGGUUGCUUUGUAAAACAGUUUAGUAUAGAGCUUUGUAAUGUAUUUUUACAUUCAGUAAAAAUUAAUCGUUUCAGAUAGAUUUUAGCUCUCGCUUACAUUUGGUCGGUGUUAAGUCAGACCGGACUAAGUCGCAAAACAUCAAAAAAUGAGAUAAUGAUAGCACUGGAUAAAGAAUUUCGUCAGCUACAUUCGGCUUUUGCCAGAUUUGAUAUAUUUAACAAUAAACAAGAAUUAUGGCAAAAAUAAAUUCCCAAUCAUAAUGUAAAGGAUGCUGCGAUUCAAACUUUAAACUCGUUUUUCUCGAAAUCAAUAUUUUGUCGCUUAGUCCGGUCUGACUUAACACCGACCAUUUGUACCCAACGCGAAACCGUUCUGAGGUUAAUCAUAUCAUUUUAAAAUUUGACGUAGCACUUAAAACGCGCCAGCUAUCAGGGUAUUGUGAACCAUUGCUGAAGCUGUGAUUAGACGAAGCCUAGCACCUUCUGCUUUUGUAAAAACAGCAAACUUCUGUAUCGUUGAUCACCCUCUCUUUUAAUAUAUUUUGUUACAUUUCUUUGCCUUAGCUCCAGUCUACAAAACAAAUUUCUCUUACUUUCUUCUGAUUUUUCCAUUAAUCGUCUUCAAUAAAUGGUGAUCAUUGAUUCAAAUCACUAUUCGUUCGUCUUCUAUAAGCCUGAGGCGAUUGAUUUUUGUUCAGUUUUGCAAGCCGGGAUUUAUAAUUUGUAAAUAAAAAUAGAUGAUACUCUAAAAAAAUUUAACUAAAAGUGGAAAAAAGAAUGCACAGAAACCUGUAGCUAAUUUGAGACUUUAUUGAUGUAGCAGAACAACAAACUCAAUUACUCACAACCAUAUUCCAAGGAAUCGGCUCAAAAUUGCACCAAAUAAGCUUAAUAUGUUGUUUUUUUAAAUCUCUACGAUCUUUAGUUUUUCUCUAAUAUCUUCUGCUCUACACUUCUGGCAUCUUCAGGUUCUUCGACUUUUUUGUCUCUAAAGGCUUUUCCUAUUUUUUCAUUCUUCUUCAAAGCAGAUAUGAACAAAAUACAUAGGCAUAUUUUCGCUCCUCCUGUGAUCCUCUAUUCUUUUUUUCUCAUCAUCACUAAGAAAUUUUAUGUUUAACUAUCAUUCUAACACACCUCCCCAAUCAUCGUUCUACUCAUGAUUACUCGGAGAAAAGCCAGCAUUUUUCAUCCCAUCUGUAUCCAUCGGAAAACACCACCGCUCACGUGAUUAUCCAUCCUCCGCUUGGGCAGCGCUGUCGUCGAUUGAAAUUGACGCUUUUGAUGUAUACAACAGCGCUGUCCAAGCGGCGAAAAGAAGAAUUAAGCCUACGUUGCUUUUUUAUGCCUGCAGCGCUGUCCAAGCGCCAAGCAUCGAACUCAGUUGAGAUUUUAAAAUUUUUAGCCAAUGCAAACUGUAAAAAAUAAAAUUUUGCAUUUCAAUAAACGUAUUCGGGUGUCAUCUUCGGAUGAUGGAAACUGACAUAGGGUGACCAAAUGGCAAAAUAAAGGCACGUUGUAUCUGGCCUGAGUCAAUUUGGAAUGAUGUAGUGCCAAUGCUGAAUGAUGAUAAUCCGAACAGAAAUGUACAGUAACUAAACUAUAAUUUUCACUGUGACGGUAUACUGCCCAUAACCAUAUAUCAGUCCCAUUUGCGUUACCACGAAUCGGAGAAAACUAGCGUUAAGUUUGGCAUAACAUUUUCGCUAUUUCUGUAACCGUUGUUUGCCCAACAAAAAACAAACCUUUAACAGGCCCUCGAGCGCAUUCGGGUACCCGUCAAUUAAAAAGCUCUUAACUUUAACAUUUUGGGAUGUUUUAGUUCGAGAAACUCAUCCAUUUUUAGAAUCUGUAACCAGAUGUAUGAAUUUGGUUCCCAGUAAUCCAGUUUUCCGCAGGAAUGUUCCAGUAUGAGAAUAUAAUUUGUAAAUUUCAUCAAAAUCCAAGGAAACGGUAUCGAAAUUUUUGCAAUUGUCUGUAAGGACAGCCACUCACGGCCCUACGAGAAUCUUUCCGUUCCGAGGCCAAACAACCAAAUGGUCCCAGGUCCAUGAAAUGCAGACUUCUGAGGCGUUUACAAGAAUUUUGAUACCCAUAUUGAAAUUCACAAAUUGUAUCCCAAUAUUGGAACAUUCUUCCAGAAAUGCCUGUUCCCGGAACCAGAAGAAUUCAUCCGAUUUUAUUUUUACGUAGUCUAAAAGUAAAUAAGUUCCUGAAUCCAAAACCUCCGAAAGUGUCCAACUCAGUUAAAAUGCUAUAGUUGAGAGCAUUUCAAAUCUGCGUGUACCCGGGUACCUUUAUCCUAAGACAAGACAUGACAAUAGAGGGGGUCGUUUUUGUUCCAAUUUUACGUCAGAAUGUUCCAGCUCCUGAUUGGUUGAUUCUGACUUUUUGCACCGUACGCAACGUUACUGCAGGGAUAGCUAAAUGAUGUUUGGCAGUGUUGCUAUAUUUUUAGAAAAAAAUGUAAUUGCUUUUGACAAAUAAUAUUAUUAUCAUUAAAAGAAUAAAAAAGAAUAAAUGAAUCUAAAAUUUGUCAGAAAAUGGUUUCAUCAAACCUUACUGAACACCCAUGACAUUGAAAAAGGGUGCCCUUUAUUAAUAUAAUGGAUUCAAGAUACAAAAUAUUGCAGGCAUAACAUAAAUUAACAAGUAUCCAUUUUCAUUUUAAAAGAUAGCAACACUGUUCGGAAGAUUUCGGCAGGGUGGAAAUCUGCGAAAAGAAGAAUGUCGAAUGAAAAACAAGAAGCCGAUUGUCACGUCUUGUCUUAGCCUUUAUCGACCUGUUAUGGGGUAAAGCCCUUCCUCAGGCCCCGUUUUCUGCAUCAUCACAUUUAUUCCCCAAAAGCUAUGGUGAUGUUGUAAGAUGUACUAAACACCAAUUACGAGCUUGCGGAAUUUAUUGGAUUGAAAUCUGAAUAGGUAUCAGGGUACCCUGUCGACCACAUAACGAUUAAUAUGAAGUUGAUUUUUGUAUACACUUUACAAUAAAUCAAACGUCAUGCAUACAGAGGAAUAAUAUAUCCAUAUCCAUUGCGGUCAUUUUCAAUCUACCUCAUAAAUAUGACCGCAAACCGGUCCCAUCGCUAAGUGUAUUCCAGUGUAAAUAUUAUCAUGGGACUUGACAAGUGUGAAGAGUGCUUUUCAUUUUUGUGCCUUCGAAAUAACCGGUUUGAAAUUAUUCACCACGCCGUUUUUUGGAUGAUUGAUGCAGAAUCUUCAGGCUAACUUAUUAAAUAAUAUGAUUACUUGAUUACCAACUCGUUUUGAACUUUUGGUUUUAUAUUAAAAUUGUAUUUAGCUGUAAUUAAAUUUCUGCACUUUUUUAAAUUCAUACAAAUCCAAAGGAUUCUUAAUCAAAAUAUUGCUCUACGAAGUAGUAAAAUGGCAUUUUUAUUUUCUUAUUUGCAUUUUUUCUUUCAAUGAAUAUUCUACUUCACUUACAGGUGGCCGGAUUUGGGAACCUUUAAAAUCAAUCUAUAUUAUUUUGAGUCCAAACGCACGAACCACCUUGAAAUUUAUUCAUUUUGUUCGCAUUCAUUUCUGCCGAAAUAGGUAGAUGGUAGAAUCGCUUCCCCGUACGUCGGCCAUAAAAACCCAGUACGUAGAGGGACCGAUGGAAAUGAAAUGUGAAAAUUAAUAUUAGUUUGGCAUUCAUAGGUUUUAUCGGUUCGCAUUGUCUUCAUCUGUAACAUCUUUGUGCAAGUUAGAUGAUAAAUCUAGACUGGCACCAGAAUUGGCACAGGUUAGACGCUAAAACUAAACAGCACCAAUAUUAUGCAAGUUACUGAUGAGGAAAAUCCGAAACGCAAAAAACUACUUGUAUGUUAGGUAGUGGCCUUCUGCACAAAACAAUUCGGAUCUGCAAAAAAAAUUCUGCUUCUAAACAAUUAACAUUUGACUAUUGAAUAUUAUAUCUUAGUUGUCAUGCCACGUUCGUUUAAAAUUGUUUUCAAAUGGACCAUUAAAAUUAUUCGAAUCUAUUAAUAUCAUCGGUACAAUUAGUUUCUAUGCCAGUAAUGCAAAACAGCCGAAAUAAUAAAGAGGCUGAGUGCACGUUUCCGUGACGUAUAAUAUGCAUUGGUUUUCAUCAUUUGUUCCUAAACUGAGGUUUUGAACUUAGCCAGGAAAAGCUGAAUUUACAAUUUUUUAAUUAUUUCAUUCCAACAGCACAAGAAUGUUCUGAUUGCGUGAAGCAUACUUUGAGAAUGCACCACAAUUCUAGUAUAUUUAUAAAAAUAUUUUCGCUACUAAAUGUCCGAGGGUCUACAAACAUCCCUAAAUGCAAGCACAUUUGCGGUGACACAUUUAGUCAAAUCAAGGGUAUAGCUAGGUUUGAUACGUGUAGAUACUUUCACAAGGGCAUUUUUAAACUUUUUUUUUUGGGGAUUUCAUGAACGUUAGUCUUCAUGAUAGCUCAAAAUUUUGUGAUAAAGCGGAGUGUAGAGCGAAAACAUGGUUCUAGGUCAGACUAAGAUCGAUUGGGCAAAGCGAAACAUGCCAAAUCCGGCCAAAAAGUGUUGAGUCUUCGUAAGACCUCAAGAAGUCACUUUUGGACGCUUCCAUGCGGAUUUGUCCGUUGACCGAUUCAGAUGUGACGAAGAAGGAAUAUUUUGCCACAUUCGCAGAUCGCUUGCCAAACAAGGUUUUCUGGUUGGUUGGCUAAAGUCCGGUACCUUCCACCGCAUGUGUAUGUCAUGGAGCAAUUACCGACGUUGAAUCGCUCUGGAUGAAAAGUUGAAACGUCUAUCGUUUAUUUACCAUUUAUCUGCCAGUGUCAGUCCAAUUGAGCACGAGACCUGUCAAUGACCCUCGUGCCAGAAGAAUUCGAAGCGAUUUUCUUUGGAUUGAGUGCUUUUGACAGGUCUCGUGCUCGAUUGGAAUUGCACAUAUUAGUGUCGUUUUCGCUUGAACCCGAAACUGAGUCAGGUUCUAACCCCAACUGCUGUCAGUUCAUACAUUUUGACAGCAGUUGGGGUUAGAAACAGACUCAGUUUCGCUUUAAGCAAAAACGACAUAAGAAAAAGAUAGAGUUGGCGAGUCUUUAUCCAGAGGGAUUCAGCGUCUUUAGGAGCAAUGACUGACACCUUUUUUGCUUAACACAACUGGAAUCUUUCACCAGUUGAUUCUUUUUGUCAAUUUAUAGUCUGCUGGCGAAUUGGUGCUUACGUUUAUUGGAAGCCGUCUCACAUAUACGUACGAUCACGAAGCCGCUUGAUUUAUCUCUCAUAUAUGGCGUUAAAUAUCGUAAGAACAGUUGUAACCAAUUUCGUCCCCCAGUCGCGUUGUUAUUGAUGAAAGUUUUCCAAUAUAAUUAGGACUCCUCAAACGUGAUUUGAGAAAUUAAGUUAUUCUUUAAAAUUUGUGAUAAUUUAUGACACAGAAAGUGGUGCCGUUUUCAAAUUUUAAAAUCCAACUGUCUAAUAUGAUAAUGAAAAACACCAAUGAGCUAGGCCAUCCGAGAAUAGGAUUUUGGCAUGGAAGGUUGAGGGAGACACAAUUAUCUGAAAACAUAUGGAUACCCAAUCCCGAGUUAGUGUAGUUAUCCAAUGAACAUAAUUGGAAAUUGAAGUGGGGCUGAUGUGUGCUCCCUUUCCACAUUCAACUUGUUAUUUUUAAAAUGCGACAAUCUGAUUCGUUUUUUUCUCUCACGAUUUCUAGAACAAUGUUGUCAGUUUUAUAAAUGUAGAAGAAAGUUGACCUAAAUUAAUAACGAUUGGGCCAAUCAAAACAACAACAAAAAUGCAAAUGGGGCAGUUACGUGGUUUGGGAUCAGCUAUUUUACAAUUAUUUGUAGCCAAUAAUGGUAUGCUACAGCUUGAACUUGAGCUUCUGCGACCUCCCCUGGUUGCUAAUCUGUUAUUGAUCCGGACUGGCUGAAAUGACACAGAGAAUCAAUAAAUGAUAAUGCCUGAUUUUGUCUGAAAUCUGCUUGUUCGAUUCGUGAAAAUAAUUUGCAUGCCAUGGAGAAGAAAGACUGACCAGCUCAAUUUUUUCCGAUUUUACAAUUAAAAUCUACCAAGUGCAAUGUUUCAUCAUUUUUUAUAAUUUUAAAUCUAAAAAGAACUUUUAAAAAAAAAUCUUUAAAAUGACUUCUAAGGAAAAAUGUGACUACAUAUUUGUCGAAAAACUGAAAAAAGAAAAAGGAAUCGAUUGGAAUCCAUCAGCAGCAGCGUGUAGAUCACUAUUGGCGCGCUGUCAACUCACACUUGGUAGUCACCUCCAAGUGCAAUGGCAAUAGUCUAAUAAAAAUCUACUCCGGCAUUCGAAAAGCACAACAUAGACGAACGCUAUUAUUUCUGUUGUUCACCAUCGACAGUCUUCUACUUAGUGUUGUUCUUAUGCGACUUUUUUGUCAGUUGUUCCCAUGGUAAAGAUGGACAAGUCUCUCUUUGCCAUGAGACAUGUUAGUGGACUCGUACGAAUCUUCCUAAACUAGAUUUCUACCAGCAGAAGACUAAAUCAUCAUCAUGAUAACUCUGCCAAUCCUAGUCUUCUGAUCUGUAUCCUUGCUCUCACCUGAAUUCUAUGACUCCAAACUUUUCAUAACUUUCUCUAUUCAGUAGUCAAUUGAAAGUCGUUAAAAGAAAAGUCGUUAAACAAUAAAAAGUCGGGUUUCGUUAAGCGGAAGGAAAUUUGCAUUCUAAUGGAUUUAAAGAAGAUAUCGAAUCGAAAAAAAUCGAAUGAAAAUUCGACUAUAAAAUAAAAAUUCAAUUAAAAAUCUGACAAGUAAGAUUCUAAAACUCUCUUUUUAUUCAAGAUAUAACAAAUUGCUGAUAAACAAAGGACGAGUGGAGAUGGGUCAUUUGUGAUAAAGCCAUUCAGCUUAUUAAACCUUCAUUAUAGCCUAUGUUUGGCAUAAUUCAGAGAAGAAAAGGACAUUAGAAAUACUAUUUUUCAUCGUAAGGAAAACGGUAUUUUGACCCAAUGAGCUGUGCUGAAGAUUCUGUUUAACAUAUCCACAGCCAGAUGGAUGAUUUAGCAGCAGUAUUUAGCACUUCUACAGUCGUGAUUCGCUGAUCGCAAUUGAAUGCUAAAAUCUCAUGCUAAACUUACUUCGAUAAAUAAACAGACAAUGGCUAAAGGUAUACAUGGAUGGAUUCUACAUAUCCCUUUUGGACAAUUUUCGAUGUCUGUCGGUCAUCUAUUUGUUAGUUUGUUAGUUGUACAUUUUUUAAAAUUUCGAUUAUAGAGGUCCUUAAGGUCAUUCGCCUCUUCGAGUUAGAAAAAUCUUUUAUGAAUAAUUUCUAACCCUAUGUGCGGGGUCAGGACUCGAACCCAGGUGCGAUGCUGGACAAGACAUUAACAUUUUUCGGGAUAUCAGUUUUUGUGUUGCUGGUAAAAGCUGGCCUUUGUCAAUUUGCUUGUCGCUUUUUAAAAUGCCUUUUUGUAUUUUCAUUUGAGGUCAUGAUUCGCUAUUAUUACAAUUAGCUUUCCUUUUUACCCGAAGUUGUUUGCAAUUUUUUGUUACAUUUGCAAACUAUAAUGGAGGAAAACGAAAUAUAUAUACAAUAAAAUAAUACACAAGAAAGAUAUUAACUUAAAACAGUAAACUCUAUAAAGUUACACAACUCAGAACAUUAUAAAAUAUGAUUUAGGCCCAAUAACCCAUGCUAGAAGCACAGUUCAUAUACCAGUUUAAUGAUUUUCUGUAGAUAAACUGAAUCAACACUAAGGUCAUUUCUCAGAUUUCAACCAAAUGUCCUAAAUUUUUCGCAAAUGUAGAAGCUAUUUUGAAUGACAAUUGAGCGGCCGAAUAGUCGGAAGGACAGAACACACUCCGUAGCCAACAUUAAACAACUUUAAGAAUGUAAAAAUCGCCUACCUUUCAGUGUAGGAAUUAUCUGAACAAUUCUUCCCGUAAAAGUCGGCCACGAAUAUCCAGAAUAAAGAAUAAUAGUCGGCAAAAAAACUACUCUGUAAGAACCGGUUUUAUUUUUGGCCGGUUUUUAUACUAAAGGUUUUUUUUCUACCGACUCUUACAAAGAAUACGAUUUGUACACUUGAAAUUACUAUUCGGUUUUUAUAUUGCAAUAUAUUUAAGGCGGGUUUUACGGUGCAUGUUCUUUUUAUCUUUGAUUUUCGGUCGCUUAAUUAUCGAACGAUCCAGGCCACUAAAAUAUAUUUUAAAAAAUUAGAAUAUAACUAGAAAAUAGGAAUUUGUUGACAACAUUGCACAUUUUCACUAAAAGAGAUAAUAGACAACUGCAAGUAGUUCAAGCUGAAAAGUUUCAUUGAAUCCAUUAUGAAAUAUUUUUUAAGAUAUUGAUUUGUUGUCUUUUGUCAAGCCAUACACGAGGAUUCGGGCUUUAAAGUUUCAUCUCUUUAAAAUAACGCCUUUUAAACUGUAAUAGAAAACCCCUACCAGGAUUUUUUCAGAAUUUUUCAUAAAUAUUAUUGCAAAACUGUUAAAGAUCGUUGCCUUCUAUCAGCCUUAUUCAAAGCGGAAAGUAGUACUAGUUUACAUUUAAUAUACAUGUCAAUUGCUGAAAAUUUGAUUAUCUGAAAAAAAUAUAAAAAACCAAUUCUAGCGAAAAUGGUCUAAGGAAUUGGAGAGCUCCCGCUACACAAACAAUAUCGUAAAACGCUGUUGACUUUUAAACAUUUAAUUUUUGAUUUUCCGCACAGUUUCAGUAAUGUAAAACGCGUUAAUACUCCCAAAGUCUGGUGCCUAACGGCAUAGUCUUACAAUAAUGUUUGUAAGAUCAGAUCAAUGAGUGAACCAACAAUUGUGCUUCUAUACGACUUCUAUACGACUCUAAGCACAGUGACAAUAGUCUAAUAAAAAUCUAUCCCGGCAUUCGAAAGGCAAACAGAGAUGAACAGCAGCAAUCAUCAUUAAGAUUGAUGCUAAACGUCGACAGGUUUUUAGUGGUGAUCUUGCGUGGCUUAAUUUUUGUCGGCUGUAACGGUAAAGAUAGACACGUCUACCUUUAUCAGGACACAUGUUAGUGAACUCGGGUGAUUCGUAGUUAUUCUGCCUAAGCUCGACCCUCAUUAACAGAUGACAAAGAUUAAGCCCGUACGAUAUUAAGCAUGUUCUAAUGACCCUGCCACAUCUAGUUUCUAGAUCUGUUUACUUCACAUCCUUGCUCUCACUUGAGUACUAUGGCUCUAAUUUUCAUAACUUUCCCUACCCAGUAAUCUCUAGCUAAUUGAAUGUCGUUAAAAUGUAAAAAAUAUACGAGUAUAGUUUCCUUCCUUCAAUUUCAAUUUGCUCAUAUUAAACCUUAAAUAGUAUGUUCUAUCGGUUCAUCUUUCCUCCGUACGCUUAAUUAAUUAAUAAUUUUUUUUCUCUUCGAUAUCUAUAACUCCAUUUGUUUCUCUACACGAUUUUUUUUUCUUCUUUCAAACUUUGUUAGCGUAUUCUAUUAAUUAUUUCCAUUAUCACUUUUUCUAACAAACUCACAACUCCAACUUUCGUCAAAACCUGUUAACGACGGCGUUCGACUUCACCAACAAACCCUAUGCGCACCGAUCCGGAACCAUCCUCGCCGAUGACCACUCCGAUGACCACGGUGCAAAACACUGUAAAUACACAGCAAAACAAAACAAAAGUCAUCUGGGAAAGCAAACGUGAAACAAACAUACAAGGACUCUGUAUAUCUCUAGUUGAUAAGUGAAACCAAACCAAAAAACAAGCGAUACGGCGAAGAAAAACGCGACUCACGAAUAACCCCAAUCGAGUUCAGGUUCUAGCUGGUUCUUGAAAUAGAUUCCGUUGACCAAGGGUGAAAUUAGUCACCAUGGUGAUAGGGUCAAUCUUGAAAACCACUGCGGAUCCGGACACUUUUGGGACGCGGUUGGGCGGGAUACUUCGAUAUAUUUAUAUUUAAGAUUCAAGCCACUAGUGGCAAUGGGAAGGUAAUCGGCGUGGUCAGAUGGUCCAUCGGUUCCAUUAAAAAGGUUAGGUCGGUGUUUCUCAAACGAAUGGAGCAGGUAUUGUUGCGAAAGGGUAUCUCAACAAAAAAAAAACUCUCGGCAGCGAAAUGAAUCUUCGAUCAUCGAUCGGUUCGGGUUCAGUUUCUUCCACAAACACACACAAACAGAUACGCAAACCCACGAAACGGUACACAGUAAGAAACAAAUGUGAUGCUAAGUAAAUAACAUACAAACAAAACAAAUAUUAUCGAAUGUGUUCUAGGGGAAAACAAAAUCCAAAAAUAUGGAGGGUUAUCAGAGAGUAUAUUUAAAAGAUGGAAUGGGACAACCGGCGCUGCUGAAUAUGCAAAAGAAAGUAUUACAGAAUAGUUUUAUUUAUUUUUAAUAAACAUUCAUUGUGUGGAGAAGUAAAGAGGUUCGCAAUUAGGCAGAGCCCAAAGUAGGACUUCCAAAAAAAAACAUGUGUGUAAAUAGCCUGUAUAGGAGUAGCUCAAAUUACACUUAGCUUACAGAACGGAAGCAAACUAGAAAAAAAGUACACUGAGAAAAUACCUGCAACCAAACAAAUAGUGGAUGCCAGAGCGAGCGGCGCUCCCAAGAGAGGAUAUAUUUUUUGAUGCCACUUUUAUUCUUAGUCUCGUCAAUCUAGGGCAAACACUUGUCAGCCAACGAGGAGUUUUGCGUGGGAAACCUAACUUCAGAGCGUUUAGUUUGCUAGGGAUACGAAACUCGGCGCUGAUCUUUCAACCGAAAACAGUCAUGCGUGCGCUAGGCAAAACAUAUUGCUUAGACAAGUGUAUCUUUACUGAAGGGAGUGUAUAAAAGUUAGACAAAAUAAUUCAAUGAUAUGCCUUUUGAAAAGUACAAAAAAUACACACUAAACAAACACAUACACAAACUCGCACCGAGACACACGUACACGUAGGUACACAUAACACAUAAAAAGAAACUAUUGUAGGACUUGUUUAGUCAGGAGAGAUGAAAAGAGUUGUGCUGAUCGACUCGAGGACAGGAACUGUAAAUAUUGAUGUAAAGGUGUAUGUUUGUUUUUUUUCGUUAUCGAGCCGUGGUCGAUGAUCGAAGAUGUUCCUCCGAAGCAAAUGGAAAUUCUGACCAAUACUGCUAUCGAAAUCAUCGUCAGCACCUUGUUCUGAAGUUUUUGGGCGGGAUUCUAAUGGGCAUCAGUAGUAUAGAGUUAGCAUACGACACAAGUGAGAGAGGGUAUUCGAAAGGAAAGGAACAUGUAACCAAAAGCUGUGAAAGAAUAUUUUUAAACACUUGGUAAGGAGGAGAUCGUUAGUUUUAGGUUGUUCGUUUUUUUAGUAGUUAGCGAUGUAAUUAAUUUUAGCCACGUUUCAAGCGACGCGUGGGAAUCGUGUGAAUGAAAUUAAAAAAACACACACACAGUGUAGAUGUCGUGUGACCAUAGCUAGGACAGGGUAUGGCCAAAUUCUCACGAUGCAGAUAGCUGCCAGAAAUCACUCGCGUCCCACCGAGGCAAACCGAAAGGAAUGGGCAGGGAAAUCGUGACGCAGUUCCGUUAACUAGAAGAUAACAUUCCAAGAAGGCAGAUUUUAACUAAUACUACAACCUUAGCGAAAGCUGCAUCGAAACACAAAACACUGAAAUGUGGAAAUAUUAAGCGAAAUAAUUUGCCACAGUGAUAUAGGUUUAAUAAAGCAAAACACACUUAAUUUAUAAAGUAUUGAUCGGCAGAUAGGAUUGUCUAUGGAAGCUUAGGAAGAAACAGUAAAGCAACACGAAAGUCAAAUGGUUAUGCAAUUUUUGUUUAAGCUUAGCUAGCAGGAGAACAUAUUAAAAAAAAGUUCCAAAACUUAUAAAAAAAAACAUUGCGGUGAAGGUUUUCAAAAUUUUGUUAAAUGUUUUCGACUUGAAAUUUUCUUAUCUCCGGGCCAUGAGAAUGGUUUCGAUUGAACAAGGUGCUGUUUGGUUCAUUUAUCCAUGCAAAAGCGUUUCUGUGUAUUUUCACCCUUUGCCAUUAACGGCGCCAUCUAGACGAAGCGUAACGCACCGGUGCGGAUCUUCGCUAUAACGCUCACUCUUACCACGAUUCACUUAGUUUUUGGGUAAAGAUUAUGCACUGCCAAGUGAAGGAGUUGAUAUCUAACGAAGCAGACUAUAGACAAGGUAAGGAGGGCCUGAAGUAGAUCUACACCGUGGUGUAAGGAGAGCGUCCGAAAGAUGAUCCGUUGCGCUAAUCAUGCCUCAUAAAUGCCAUAAUUUGUCCACUCACACUUACACUUCGUACGACACACGAGCGAAUAAUAAACUCGCCACUGGUUUCCAAAUAUACCUUAAAAACACUCACAGUAAAAAAAGUUGAGAGCAUCACAGUCAAAAAAUAUACUUGAGAAGAAAAAAAAACAUGAUAUUAACAAAAAAAUCAAUACAAAAAAAUGGGGUACCUUACCUAAAUGUGUUUUCAAAACCUUUUAGCGUUUAAGUUGUUCGUCUUAGUGAUAAAUUACAAAUGUGUUUAAUUUAACUAGUGCGUCGAAGGCGCAAACAUGAAGCUAAAAUUUAAUACAUGUUGUUUUUGUCCGAUGCAAAACGCAAAAACAAACAACAAAAUCGACGUUCGCUUAGGAUAUUACUUAAUUUUUUUUAACGAAAGAAUGAGAAAAGUGUAAAAACUACCAUUUAAAAACAAGAAACAUAGCUUUAGAAUGUUCCCUGGAAAACAAAGAAGAGAAAUAAAAGAACCCCUUAACAAGAGUGUAAUACUAGGAAGAGAAACCGAGAGGAUAAGGAAAAAAAAGCGGUUUAAAAUUUACCAGCAUACUUUCAAAAAGUAUCAUUAGGCUAUAAGCGAAACAUGAUGAAACUCGAUGUUACAGCAUGCGGUGAAACAGAGCUAUUUAAAACAGACACACACACAUCGGUAGAGGAGCCACGGCGGCGGUUGUGUAUGUGUGCACACACGCGCGAUCGGAUUAAAUCGAUGUUGAACAUUUAUUAACUAUUUUUGUUUCUGAGAGGUUUAAGCAACUUUUAACGGCAAACUGUUGUGGCUACUAUUGCGCACCAUCGGUGAUUAAACAUGCAAAACAAAAAAAAAUGAAAGUAGAGUUUAUGGAUAGAAUAUGAAACCGUUAUUAAUGUACAUUAUUUUAUAUACUGGAUAAGUUGUAAGCGAUAAGUGAUAAGUUCUUCUUUCUUAGUAGUUAACAAAGGAAAACCUAUGUGUUGAAUAAAUUGAGAGGAUAAACAAACAAAGAAUCGGAAACAACAAAAUUGUAGAAUCAUGAUCGUAGUCUUUACAAAACACACACACAGAGGAAGAAUAAAAGUAAAACAACACAGAAAGUAUAGAAAACACACACGCGUAUAUAUUUUAAAUAUAUAUUUGAGAAACAAAAUGGGAAAUACUUGUAAAAAUGCAGAUAACAUCAUCUUAUUUUUAAUUAAUGUAUUUAAAAUACAAAAAAGUGAAACAAAUAAAGGAAAAAAUUGAA